CCUUGUGUAGGCCACAGUCAUCAGCUUCACGCUUUGGUUUCACGUUGCUACAUGCUGUGACAUCUCUUGUCAGAGUAUUUUUUUGUUCUUAAAUAAUUGAGUUAACCUUAAUUAUACUUAAUACUUGUGUUUUCAUAUUCAUACUGAAACAUGAACGAUGAUUUGUCAAGUUAGCUGUAACGCCUGAUUCAGCUUGCUAACCUUGACUAAAUGCUUCAGUACUCUUACAUUGAUACGAAUAAUAUAGCGUUCUGAGUAUGAUGUUACGGAAUAUUUGUAAGUAUCCCAGACAGUUUGGUCAGGUCAUUUGGCCAUUUUCUAUUCCUCGAGAGCAGCAUGUGCAUUGUUUAUCAAAACACCUACAAAAGGCAAGAUAUUCCAGUGCCACAACAGAGAGAAAGAAGUUCUACGAGAAUGUCUCGAUAUCUCAAGGUGAAGGGGGUUUGUAUGAAAUAAUCCUUGACCAACGAAAGCUGAAGACUCCAGGUGGAAAGCUGUUCACAGUGCCCAAUGAAGCUCUUGCCAUAGCUGUUGCAACAGAGUGGGACAUUCAGAAGGAAUCACUGAAGUUUUACACCAUGCACUUAACCACCCUUUGCAACACAGCACUUGAUAACCCAAUGCAAAGGACGAAGAAACAAAUUAUCUCAGCUGCUCUAAAGUUUUUGGAGACUGACACAAUCUGUUUCAGAGUAGAAGAACCCCCAGGACUUGUAGAAGUUCAGAGAAAUGAAUGGGACCCUGUAAUGAACUGGAUAGAACAAAGGUACAAUGUAGUAAUUGGCACGUCCACCAGUAUACUGGGCCCUCAAAUCCCAGAGGAGACUAAGGAGACAUUUCGUCAACACCUAAAUUCCUAUAAUUUUUGGUCUCUGACAGGGCUUGAUUUUUUGAUCGCUCAGCUGAAAUCAUUGGUCUUGUCCUUUGGGCUGAUUGACAGACACCUAAGCGUGGAACAAACAGUUCUUCUGUCCAGACUUGAGGAAGAAUACCAGAUCCAGCAAUGGGGCAAUGUGGAAUGGGUCCAUGAUUAUGACAUGUAUGAGUUGCGAGCACGAACAGCUGCUGGUGCAAUGUUUGUGCAUCUGUCUUCUGAAAGCGCAGCUGUCAAGAGAAAAAUUUUACAUGAAUAAGG